CGUCCAUCCAGGCACGUUCAGGGGCUGCAUUCAGGGCUCCGGAUCUCUCCUCAGUCGCAGCCUGGAUGGGGACUCAGUGGGGACAGGGAGUCGGUCCCGCUACAAAGGCUCCUCCCUACAAAGACGCAGAAAGGUGCGCGUCUGCACCAACACCUGGCUCUCCAGCCCGCUUCCGUAGGGCGGCACUGGGAAGUGGGCACCUGUCGGGUUCGGGCUCUGCGUGGGGCUGUCCUCUCCUCGGUGCGCGCUCGGCAUGGCCCUCUGCUUGGCGCCCGCUCUGCUGCUGCUUCUGGGGUCGCCGAGCUCUGCCGGACCAAACCGUUGCGUGGACGCGGCCGAGGCGUGCACUGCGGACGCGCGUUGCCAGCAGCUGCGUAACCAGUAUGUGGCUCAGUGCCUGGGUCGGGCCGCGCUCGGGGGCUGCCCCCGCACUCGCUGCCGCCGCGCCCUGCGCCGCUUCUUCGCCCGCGGGCCUCCCGCGCUCACCCACGCGCUGCUCUUCUGCCCCUGUGCCAACCCUGCGUGCGCCGAGCGCCGGCGCCAGACCUUCGUGCCCGCCUGCGCCUUCUCGGGUCCCGGCGGGGAGCCGCCGUCCUGCCUGGAGCCCUUAGACGCCUGUGAGCAAAGCAGGAUCUGCAGACCCCGUUUCCUGGCCUUCCAGGCCUCCUGCACGCCAGCCCCGAGCGCCCCAGACGGCUGCCUGCGAGACCAGGCCCCCCACUGUCUGCGCGCCUACGCGGGCCUCGUGGGUACGCACGGCCGGGAACCGGGCGCGGGCGGCGCUCUCCCGGGGAUGCCUCCGCCUGCCGGGGCCGACUACCCCGCCCUCGGUCCCGCAGGCACCGCCCUCACCCCUAACUACGUGGACAACGCGAGCGCGCGCGUGGCGCCCUGGUGUGGCUGCGGAGCCAGCGGAAACCGGCGUGAGGAGUGCGAAGCCUUCCGCGGGCUCUUUACGAGGAACCUCUGCUUGGAUGGAGCCAUACAGGCCUUUGAGAGCAGCGGGCCCCCAGUCCUGCAGGACCAGCUAGAUAUCCACCAGGACCCUGAGAACAGCCUCCUGCAGGUAUCCUCUGCAGAAGAGCUCUUGGAGGAGAGCUGUCUGCUCUCCAUGCUCCCUGUCCUGGCUCUCCAGCUCCUGUUCUGACUAGAACAGCAGACCUCAGACAACACAGCCAACUGUCCCACCCUGCUCUAGGUUCAGAGCCAUGUCGGUGGCCUGCUGCUUCACUGAAAGGGGACUGGCUUACCUCCCAAGCUGGCCCAGUGCUCUUGCCAGGCUGUCCCUUGCAGGUCUGGACACCUCCUGUGACUGCCCCUGGAGCAAGGGAUGUAGGGUGAGGGCCUGGUGCAAAGCCCAUUGCUACCUUUCAGUAGGUUUCUUGGUUGUAGGUCCCUUUCUCCAAGGUCUGUGGGGUCUUGGGAUCUCCCUCAGAGUAGGAAUGGGACGGGUUCAUUCCUGUGUAGCUGAGGCCUCAGUGGGGUCUGAGAUCACCUAGAGAAAGUCAGAGACCAUCCAAACUCCCAGAAAUCUAGGAAAUUUUAUCAGCCCCAAGUAGAUCAUGUCCAGAGGGGUCUAUCUGAACAGACUCCCUCCAACACUGCAGCCUUUAGUGGUACCCUCCCAGUUAGGCACUGCCCAUUACAGCCACCCACCGGUGUUGGCCAAGCACUUCCUUUCCAUGGUGUGCUGCUUGGUGGGCAUGGCCUGGAGUGAGAACCAAGUUCCCCGCAUUGCACAUCCAGCCAUCUUCCCCAUGGUUUACCCAGCACAAGGAACAGCACCCACAGCUCAAUAAACUGACAUGCACGGAGA